AUGCUGCUGCACGUCUUGCUGUGCGUCGCCACCUCCCUACCUCUGAGCGCGCGCACUUUAGGUCAGUACAAGAGUGCUCAGACCUUGUACGACGCUGUAGUUGCGCGCUACUCUUCCCCUGCCACUGCUGCACUGAGCCGUCUCAUUCUUCCUUACCUCUUUCCUGACCUCUCUGCCUUUCCCACUGUCGCUGACCUCAUUACGCACCUCCGCACUAGUGACACUCGCUACCGCAACCCGCGCCGCCUUCCUGCUGAGUUCUGCGCCAAGAACCCCCCCCCAUUCGGUCGGGCGCGGCGUCUGCCCCUAGUGGGCGACGCCGCUCUGGCAAGGGCAAGGGGGGCAAGGGCGCGGGUGGAGCUGGAGGGGGCGGUGGAGGUGGCGGUGGAGGCGGCGGAGGGAGCGGGGGUGGCGGCGGGAGUGGUGGAGGGGGUGGUGGUGGUAGUGGUGGCAGCGGCGGCGGAGGCGGCGGAGGUGGCGGCAGCGGUGGUGGUGGCGGCAGCGGUGGCGGUGGAGGCGGUGGAGGGGGCGGAGGAGGAGGCGGUGGUGGCGGAGGGGGUGGAGCUGGUCGGGGUGGUACCCAGCAGCGGAGCGGCGGUGGUGUGGUCAGCGCCCCGCGAGCAGCAGCAGCAGCAGCGUCCGCGGGACAUCCCUCCGCCCCAGCAGCUCCGUGAGUGGGCUGGUGUAGCGAUCUUUGAUCUUGACUUUGAUGCUAUCCUUGCUGCUAUGUAUGCUGUGACUAUUAGUGAGGAGGGUGACUGUUACCCGGUGUUUCCCCGCCCGACCCGGGCAUUGGUACUGCUUGCGCUAGGUGCUUGUGAGGCUGUUGCUCUAGGUGCCAGUGCGUCUGCGCCCUCAGGUACUGGUGAGACUGCGCUCUCAGGUAGCUGCGUCAGACCCUCCUGUGGCACCACCGUCUGGGCCACCCCUCCUUGCCCCGUCUUCGGAGCAUGGCUUCCCGUGUCCUUGUCUCUGGUCUUCCCCAGUCUCUCCCUCCCCUUCCUUCGGGGCCAGGACCUUCCUGUGUCCCCUGUGUCGAGGGGCGCCUCCGGGCUGCUCCUCACUCCUCCCAGUUCCCCCCGACAGAGGCUCCUCUGCAGACACUUCACAUGGACGUGUGGGGCCCAGCCCCCGUCCGUGGGGCAGGGUCACGAGCGCUACUUCCUGUUGGUGGUUGACGACUACUCGCGUUACACCAAAGUCCUCCCCUUGCGCAGCAAGGGUGCUGUUACUGAGGUGCUGAUCGACUGGAUCCGCGAGGCUCGUCUCCAGCUCAGGAGGAGCUUCGGCUCGGACUUUCCUGUUCUGCGUCUGCACUCGGACAGAGGCGGGGAGUUCUCCUCUCGCCUUCUGCGAGACUACUCUCGUGCAUGGGGGAUCCGCCAGACCUUCACGCUUCCAGACUCUCCACAGCAAAAUGGGAUUGCUGAGCGCACGCAUUGGCAUGGUCAUGGAUGUCGCUCGUUGGCCAUGCGUCUGCGUUCCGUGUCUGGGGAUCUCGGGCGUUUGUCCCGCGACUUGUCUGCGGACAAGCUGUCCCCUCGUGCUGCUCCCUGUAUCUUCCUUGGCUUCCCCCCUGACGCUCCAGGGUGGCAGUUCUACCACCCCUCCUCUCGUCAUGUUCUGUCCUCCCAGACGUCACGUUCGACGAGUCAGUCCCCUUCUACCGCCUCUUCCCCUACCGCACUCCUUCCCUUCCCCCGCCACUGGGACUUCCUUGUGCCGGUUCCCCCCCCGGUAGACCCCCUCCCCCUUCAGGUUCCUGCCCCCUCAGGUGUGUCCCAGGUAGACGCAGUUGACCCGCCUGGGGGUGCUACUGCGGAGGGUGCUGGGCCUGGGGGUGCUGAGCCGGGGGGUGCUGUGCCUGGAGCUGCUGAGCUAGGGGGUGCUGGGUCUGGAGCUGCUGAGCCUGGGGGUGCUACGUCUGGAGCUACUGAGCCUGGGGGAGCUGCGCGAGUGGUUUGCUCGCCGCUGGAGGCGUACUGCCGGAGCUGGAGCUUCUUCGACCGUCGAGGGUGCUGGUGCCCGCCGGUCUCGGAGCUGCUGGGGCCUGCGAGUCCUACUGGAGCUGGAGCUGCUGGAGGUGUUGGUGCUGAGACUCCAGCUUUCUGUCCUGGAGGUGGUUCUGCUGCUGGUGCUGCUGGAGGUCCUGCCGCUGAGGGUGCUGGUGCUGUCCCUGCUGAGCCUGGAGCUGCCGCGCGGCCUCGGCCGUACUUCGUUCCGCUCCUGGAGCAGGUUCUUGGUCUUUCUCCUCCGGUAGAGUGUCCACAGCCUGUCCAGUCGCAGUCACUGUUGGAGCCUUCCUCCCCACUGCCUGCUCCCUCUCCUUACACUGGUCCUACUGGAGGUCUUGCUGAGCGUCGUGAGCCUGCGUCUCGUCCCGCGUCGCCUGUUCGUGCUGCUCGCGCUAGUGGUCGCGGUUCGCGUCAGCGUCCUCCUCCUGUCCCUGGCACGCACCGGAUGUCUCUGCGUCCGUCCACUUCUCCUCUGCGUGCCCCUUUGCCUUCUCCUCCUGAGUCCUCUCUUCCUGCGCUUGCCGACCCUGAGUCGGACUCCCUUCGUGCUGCCAGUCCUAUUGUCACGCGUCUCCUUGCUAUUGUCGUCACUGACCCCUCUUUUGAGUCCACUGCUGCGUCUGCUCUUGUCGCUGAGCUCGUCGACUUUGCUGCUCGCUGUCGUCUAGACUACGCCGCUAGUCUUGUUGCUGAGUCUGCGUCUGUCUGUCCUCCGUCCGUCGGGGGUGAGUGUGCUCUUGGCACAGACGUCCUUGAGGACAGGCAGGAGGAGUUACAGUGUCUGGCUGCUGCUUCACCUCAUCUCGCGUCUGUACUGCUUGCUCCUGAGGGAGACCCGGAUGCACUAGACAUCCCGACUCCGCGCUCCUACGCGGAGGCCGUAGAGGGUCCCUACUCCUCUCAGUGGAAGGCAGCUAUGGAUGCAGAGAUGGCUUCCUGGAAGUCCACAGGCACCUACGUUGACGCGGUUCCCCCUCCUGGGGCGAACAUCGUCAGUGGCAUGUGGAUCUUCAGGGUGAAGCGGCCGCCAGGCUCUCCACCUGUCUUCAAGGCGCGGUACGUCGCUCGUGGCUUCAGUCAGCGGCAGGGAGUUGACUACUUUCAGACCUUCUCUCCCACCCCGAAGAUGACCACUCUUCGGGUGCUGCUACACAUAGCCGCUCAGCGCGACUACGAGCUUCACUCUCUCGACUUCAGCACUGCGUUCCUGCAGGGUAGCCUGCACGAGGAGAUAUGGCUGCGCCGUCCACCUGGCUUCACUGGGACUUUCCCUCCUGGCACCCAGUGGAGCCUCCGACGGCCAGUCUACGGUCUCCGCCAGGCACCGCGUAAGUGGCACGACACACUGAGGACUACGCUUGCGGCUCUUGGGUUUGCUCCUUCUACUGCUGACCCGUCGCUGUUUCUGCGCACCGACACUACACUGCCGCCGUUCUACAUCCUCGUGUACGUCGACGACUUGGUCUUUGCCACAGCGGACACUGCUGGACUCGCCUACGUGAAGUCCGAGCUGCUGAAGAGACACACGUGCACAGACCUGGGUGAACUGCACAGCUACCUUUGCUUGCAGAUCACUCGGGACAGAGCACGCCGCACAUUACCUUGA